GGAAUUUUAUCAAAACUUGAGAAAAAUCCCAAUUUGAUAUGCCUAGCAAGUAGCUAGAUUUGAAUCUAUAGUAUUAAUAAAUGUGUCUAAUUUAACUGUUUGCUUUACUUGAAAAUUGUAUUUGUGUUAAGAUUUUAUUAGGUAUUGGUAAAAUAUGAACGCCAUGUAUUAUUUCAAAUAUCUUUCAUGCCUGGUUAUAAUAAUUUUUGUGAACUCAAAGUGACCCCAAAAGUAAAAAAGUGUCAUCACCACAAUUUCAAAUAGCAAUUGCCCAAGCUAUGACAUAUGCUGAUAUCUAAGCCAUGUAGGGAGUUUUCUCCCUGUAACAUAACAACUUACAAGAGCCGAGAUCAAAAACUGGAUUCGACUAUCUAGAACUAUAUCACUUUAUGAUGACAUAGAUCAAACUAAUAUUUUAGUUGCAACUAAAACUAUAAAUUAAAAUGGGGUUUGAAGUUGAAGAAAUCCCAAUAAUUGAACUGAACAUGAUGGACAAGAGGAAAUACUUUCCUCUUACACUGGCAAGUGGACUGACCAUUCGGAGUAUAUUGUAUCCAUUCAUGCUCAUCAAAACUAGGCUGCAGAUUCAGAAAGGACGCACAGUUUAUAGAGGAACUUUUGAUGCUUUUAUACAGAUAUCCCGCAUGGAAGGUGCAUCUGGUCUUUACCGUGGAUUCUGGCUGUCAUGCCUUCAGCUGUUCCCAUCUAUGGCCUAUAUAUCCACUUAUGAGGGUACUAGACACUAUCUGCUUGAAACUCAUGGGGUUACAGAUAACAGGAUACGUUCAUUUGUUGGUGGUGGAUUAGCAUCAAUAACAGGACAAACAUUAGCAGUUCCAAUUGAUAUCGUUACACAACACCUGAUGUUAAUGGGGAGAAGGAAUCCUGCCAAAGCGUCGGGUCAAUCAACAUUCCCAGGCACUGACAAGAGAGCCCAGCAAAAAGUCUCAUCGCUACAACAUUUUCAUUUAUCUGAAUCUGAUGCUCGAUCUCGCUUUGGUGCUGUACGAGCGAUUGUUAGAGUCAUCUAUAAGCAAGAUGGUCUGCUAGGUUUUUACAAAGGUUACUUCAUCUCAUUAGCAUGCUUUGCCCCUAACAGCGCAUUGUGGUGGUUCUUUUAUGAUUCUUAUUCAGUUCUGUUUGCCAGUGUUACUCCUGUCUUCAUUCCACGGUUGGCAAUCCAAGUUGUGGCAGCUCCACUCAGUGGCAUUAGCUCAGCUCUCUUAACUAAUCCCCUAGAUGUGAUUCGUGCUAGGAUUCAGGUUGAAGGCACCAAGCUGGGGGAGACUGUCAAAUUGUUGUGGAAGGAAGAAGGAAUAUGGAUCAUCACUAAAGGCCUGUCAGCACGUCUAGUUCAGUCUGUCACUUUCUCUUUUUUUAUCAUUUUAGGAUAUGAAACCAUUAAAAGAUGGAGCAUUCUAGAUGAGUAUAAAGAUAAAGUGCGAUGGUAGCAGACUUAGGCUGUAAAUAGUUUUAGCCCACUUUUUAAUCUUCAGAAAUUUUAUGGAAAGACAGGAUUUUUUUAAAAAUUCCAAAGUUGUAAAUAAACUGCAGCUUUUAUACCGAGGCAACCAGCCACAAUAACAAGCUUUUAACUACCAACCUAUACUAGACAUUGUCAAACUGAUCUGAGUGAAACGUAUCAGUUAUUUUCAUUUGGAUCACCACAGCAGAGUUUAUUUAAUACUUGAUGUCUUCCUGAUUUUGGUUUAUAGCACUUUAUUUACCUAGUUUAAAGAUGUUCAUCUGAAAUGAAAUCACUUUAAAGGUGAUAUUUUUGUACAUGGUAGCAGUGAGUAUUGUCCCAUUUCUUUACAUCAUGAAACUUAGAUCUGCUAACUUGAAAACUUAGCCUUGAAAUGAGCAUUUUUUGAUGAAGCAUAAAGUCUUGAUAUUAAAAGUAUUUACUUGAUGUCAUUUAGUGCCAGCCACUCUGGUUUGUGCUCAACAGAAGCUCUUUCUGCAGAAAUCUGUAUUGUGAAGUAGAGCUGGUCUUGUUGUAGAAGUACUUAUGUUAAUCAGCUUUACUACUGUUUCCCCUGUUUAAUCUGCUAAUUGAUUAAAAAAGGAUAACUCUUUCCCAUAUAGCCAGGAUUUUUAAAAAUGUUGAUUUUUUUUUUUCACAAUUUGUACUGAAUAUUUUUUUAAAUUGUAUCAUAUGAUGGACGUUUCGAAACUAAGUCAUCUAAAAAAAAUCACUGAAUAAGGUAUGCAAUGUUUGUAGUCAUUUUUGAGGUAAAUAAAACUUAAAAUCUUUAACCACAGGUAAGUCAAUGACAUGAUCUCUAUUGAAAUCAGGUUAAGCCUGAUUUUCUCUAAACUAGGUCAUAUUUAUUGAUUGAUUUUAUUCUCUGUAAACAUGCACCGUAAAGCAAAUUGUUAUUAUGUUUAAUGUCAUUUUAUGUAAUUCUCUGUAUACUGGCAUCAAAUAUUGACUCAGGUAUUGAAGCAUAAACUUUUUUAGUGAAUCAUCUUCUGUAAUAUAAUAUGGUAAAGUAUUUAUUAAAACAUUAACUCGCAGUAACUCAUACAUAUAAAAGACAUUUUUAAACAUUCAGUUUGUUUUAUAAGUAAUAUUCAUGCAUGGAUUUCAGUUAGUAUUUUUUUUAAAUGUAUUUUAAGUAAUAUUUGGCUCACUAUUUUAAAAACUUUGCUCUAAAAAAUUUUUGAAAGUUAUCAAUUAACAGUUUAAAAUAAUUUGUAAAAUCAAAAGUCUGUGAUAUAUUUGAAUUGUACAUGAAGACGAGUUUCUUUUAUUGUUGUGCAGAGAUGCAUCAGUUCUUGUCUUAUCAGUUCUUGUCUGUUAAAACUUAUAUGUAAAAGUAUUUCGUCAUGUCUAUCUGUAAAAACUUAAAAUAUAUGAUGUAUGUGUUAAUGAUAAAAUAUCUCAUUGAUUUUGUUAACAACUUAUAAUGGAGAAUGUAAAUGAAAAUUUGUUAUAAAAAAAUAAUUGAACAAGCCUUGUUAUCAAAUUAUUAUUUGUAUAAAUGUAUGUAAGGAAGUUUUCUUUCCUUUCUGUGUGAUGUUUUAUGAUCUUUAUGUUCUUCCUGUGUAGGUAUAAGUAACAAGUGACG